AUGAAAGAAGAUUCAUCAAAAGAUAAUUUCGAUGAUCAUGAAAACCAACAGUCACAAGAAUUUAUUAAUGAGAUUGACCAAUCAACAGUUAUAGAUUAUUUGUCUCUUGAGUAUAAUAUGAAUAAAAGAUUAUUAGGAAGUUCUAUAAGAAGUGGAUUAAGAGCGUCAAAAGAAAUCGUUAAACCAAUUGAUGAAGGGUUAAAUAAAAAAAUAAAUAUUGUUUUUUUAGACAAAGUAACAUUUGUUCUUGGAGUAGCAUUACUAGUUCUUUCAGAAUAUGUUUUUAUGGUUCGUGCAGAAUUAAUGCCAGUAUUUUAUGCAUUUAUUGUAAUUCCAUUAGUAACAGCAAGGUAUUUAGUUUAUAGAAUGAAUAAAUGGCAUUAUUUUUUGUUAGAUUUCUGUUAUUACACUAAUUUCUUAUUGUUAGUAACAACUAUCCUUAUCUUUGGAUUUAAAAUUAUUUCACCAAUGUAUGAAAUUUUAUUUGUUUUAACAAAUGGUCCAUUAUUAAUGGCUAUCCCAGUUUGGACUAAUUCAUUAGUCUUUCAUGACUUAACUAAAUUAACUUCUAUAUCAAUUCACUUCCUUCCUGCUAUGGUGACAUAUUCUAUUAGAUGGGGAAAUAUUAUUGAAAUUCCCCAAUCACUUUCAUUUACAAAUGGAUUUAUUUUUCCAAUGAUUGCUUAUUCAAUAUGGCAAACCUCUUACUUAAUUAUUACUGAAGUAUUUAAACAUGAUUUAAUUUAUCAAGAAGGUUAUAUGACAAGUUUUAGAUGGUUAACACAAGAAAGACCUCAUAAAUUGUAUUACUUUAUUACUCAAACGUUAGGAAUGAAACAAUCAGUAUUAUUCCUUAUGGUAUUAACCCAAUUCAUUUAUACUAUUAUUACUAUUCUUCCAACAUUUUUAUAUUAUAAAUAUAAAUCCCUUCAUAUAGUGUGGAUGUUAUUCUGUUUCUUUUGGGCUGUUUGGAAUGGUGCUAAUUUCUAUUUUGAAAUAUUUUUAAAACGAUAUAACCAAUAUUUAGACUCUAUUGAUAAAGAAAAUAACUCAUCAAAGAAUGAAACACAUCAUUAUACUAACCAACUCCCUCAAAAUAAAAAUGAAGUUGUCACUUGUCCAAGUGAACAAAAAGAAGAAUUACUUAAUGAUAAAUAA